AUGCUUGCAAGUUGCAACGACAGUAUGGGGCACGAGAAUAUUCAUGGUUUCACAAAUCGAGAUUUCACUGCGUAAGAAUGAUGCAGCGGAGGAAAAUUAGGGCACCAAUCGAAAUCGGAGAUAAGUGCUUCAAAUUGGUAUUCUUUGUGUUGGUCCUUUAAUUUACUAAACCCUAAUUAAAUUUCUUCAAAUGACGCUUCCAUAUGAAUUAAUCGAUGAAAUACUCUAUCGCCUCCCCGUUAAGUAUCUCCUACGUUGUCGAUGUGUGUCGAAAGAAUGGUGUUCAGUUAUUGAUAACAAUGCAUUUGUUAAGAAACAUCAUAGGAGAACUUUUGAAUGUGACCCUGAUGGCGGUGUCGUAAUUAGCGGGGAUGGAAGGGUUUUCUUGACUGAUGUCGAGUCUUUGCGUGAUGAUAAGGUUGAGGUUGUUGAACUAGACGAUAGUAUUGUGUGUGGUGCUGAAUUUGUUGGUGCUGCCAAUGGAUUAGUUUGUUUGUGUAAGAAUGAAAAGAAGGUGUUUGUGCUGUGUAAUCCGGCGACUAGGAAGUACAGGAAGUUGCCGAGUGUUCCGAGUAUGUUUGCAAGUGAGUUUGAUGAGGUUGAGGUGACGCUGUGUGGGUUUGGUUAUGAUCGUGUUAAUGAUGAUUAUAAGGUUGUUAAGAUUGCGGAGUGUGAAGAGUGUACGAUGGUGAUUAUGUAUAGCUUGAAAAGUAAUUCAUGGAAACGGAUUCAGGAUAUUGGGAAAAACAUUCAGUUUAUACCUGAACGGGGAAAGUUUGUAGGUGGGGCUCUGCAUUGGAUGACGAUUAAGUAUCCUAGAAAUUGUUGUGGUAUUGUUUUUGGUGUUGAUCUCGGGCUUGAGCAGUUUAAGGAGGAUCCUUUUCCUGAUGUUCAUGGGACCUUUGUCUGCUUGGUUCAUGUUGGAGGAUCCCUUUGCAUCACUGAUAACUACAGUGGAUCUCAUACCGAUGUGUGGCUGAUGAAUGACCAAAGGGAGGGAAGUCCUUGGUACAAAGCAUUUACAGUGGAGCAACCCGGCCCAUUUGGGCCUUUUAAGUUUAUUAGGCCUGUUGUUUUUUCAAACAGCGGGAAUGAUGUACUUAUAGAGGUGGACCGCACAAAACUUUUGUGGUAUGACCUUGAAAAGAAGGCAGUCAGGAAUGUUAGGAUUCAUGGGAUUCCAACUAAGUUCGAUACACAUCUGUACACGGAGAGUCUAUUUCAACUCACUGAGCGUAAGCAGCUGCAGAAGCCGUCACAAUACAAGAAACAACCAAAGAAAAGGGAUGAUUUUCUUUCCAAAGGAUUUAAAUUGAAGCUAUAAGAUAUACCUGUUCAUUGGAAAGAUGGAUGCUUCUGAAAACAAGAAAUGCACCAGAGAUGGGAGACAAGAUCGUAUGGAAUGGAAGGGAGUUUACCAGCUAGAUAAAUAUUUUGAUAUUCUUGUCAUUGUUUGUGGCCAACUCUACCCUUUGGUUUGUUAAAUUUAGUUGUUCUUGGGUUUUUUUAUUUUAUAGUGAAGCAACACUUCUAGUUAGAGAUUCGGUAUGAACAUUUCUUUGGUUUAUAAAUUACUUAUGACUGAAUUUUAUAUAUUA